AAGUAAUUUACUCCGAUCGACAACGAAAGCCGGCGACGACCGGCGUGUUCUGUAAGAAAUACAUUAGAAAUGACAGAAACCGUGUUUUCUAAGACCAAACCCCCCUGCAACAAAACAAAACAUAACACGAAUGUUUCCUUCAUUAUCUUUCAAAUUAAUUAAGAUCCAACCGUUUCUUAAUUUCCUUGAUCUAAAACCAGUUUCUUUGAUCUAUGGGUGAUCUAGCUAAGCAGAUAUUGUCUCGCCCUAUUCAACUCGCAGACCAAGUGGUGAAAGCCGGAGAUGAAGCCACGAUCAACAAACAAGAAUGCGCCGAUAUCAAGUCCAAGACGGAAAAGCUCUCUGCUCUUCUCCGUCAAGCCGCUCGUGCUAGCUCCGACCUCUACGAACGUCCCACUCGCCGUAUCAUCGACGACACUGAGAACGUUCUCGAGAAAGCACUGGCCAUGGUCCAGAGAUGCCGCGACGAUGGCUACAUAAUGCGUCUUUUCAACAUAAUCCCCGCCGCCGCAUUCCGUAAGAUGAUCUCCCAACUAGAAAACUCCGUCGGCGAUGUCUCUUGGCUCCUCCGUGUCUCAACUCCCGCCGGUAACGACGACGACGAAGGGUUUGGCUACUUAGGCCUCCCUCCGAUUGCAGCCAACGAACCAAUCUUGUGUCUUAUUUGGGAGCAAAUCGCGGUUCUGAUGACCGGUUCGCCGGAAGAUAAAUCCGACGCCGCCGCGUCGUUAGCUUCUUUAGCGAGAGAUAACGACAGAUACGUGAAAUUGAUAGUUGAAGAAGGUGGAGUCAACCCUUUGUUGAAACUUCUGAAAGAAGGUAAGGUCGACGGCCAAGAAAACGCGGCGAGAACAAUCGGGUUAUUGGGUCGUGACCCGGAAAGCGUGGAGCAUAUGAUUCAGCUUGGUGUUUGUUCAGUGCUUUCGAGUAUUCUUAAAGAAGGUUCGAUGAAGGUUCAGGCGGUUGUGGCUUGGGCUGUUUCAGAGCUUGUUUCUGGUAACCACGCGAAAUGUCAAGAGCUGUUCGCGCAAAACAACGUGAUACGUCUUCUCGUGAGUCAUUUAGCAUUUGAAACGGUUCAAGAACAUAGCAAAUACGCGGUUGUUGCCGGUAGAGCUACGUCGAUGCAUCACGCCGUCGUGAUGGCAAGUAAAAUCAAUUUGCCGGCGGUUAACGAGGAGGAGGAGGAUACUAGCCAGAUCGGAAACCCGAACAUCAUGCCGAAUCAGAUGCAUAACAUAGUUACGACUACAAUGGCGAUGAAGGCGGUUGGAUCGGGAUCAAAAUCGAAUCUUUCUAGCCGAUUUGACACCGGUGAGGACGAGCAACCGCCGGAAAAGCUGCCGGAGAAGAGUUAUAGUUUGAAUUCAAAGAUCAAGGCUUACAGUAGUACGGCACAUCAAUCGCGAAAUGGGUCGGUCACGAGAGGGAGAGAGCUUGAAGAUCCGGCGACGAAGACUUACAUGAAAGCGAUGGCGGCGAGAGCGUUGUGGAAACUCGCAGUAGGAAACUCGUCGAUAUGCCGAGUGAUCACCGAGUCACGAGCUUUGCUCUGUUUCGCGGUUUUACUAGACAAAGGAGACGCAGACACCAAGUAUAACACAGCUAUGGCUAUCAUGGAGAUAACCGCCGUGGCUGAAGAAAACGCUGAUCUUAGACGAUCCGCGUUCAGACGCACCUCACCGGCGUGCAAAGCCGUCGUUGACCAGCUAUUCAGAAUCGUUGAAAACGCCGACGCCGAAUCCGAUUUGCUCAUCCCCUGUGUAAGAUCAAUCGGAAACCUAGCAAGAACGUUCAAAUCCGCGGAAACGCAUAUGAUCGUGCCUUUGGUAAAACUCCUCGACGACGGAGAACCAGAUUUGGCGGCGGAGGUAGCAGUCGCGUUAUCUAAGUUCGCGACGGAGGAAAACUUCUUAAGCAAAGAUCACUCGAAGACGAUCAUCGAGGCGGGAGGAUCGAAGCUUCUGGUACAGCUAGCGUAUUUCGGAGAGAACGGAGCUCAGAUACCAGCCUUGGUUUUGCUGAGCUACGUGGCGAUGAACGUACCUGACAGUGAAGAGCUAGCGAAAGACGAAGUGUUAACCGUACUGGAGCGGGCAUCGAAGCAAGCUAAUGUGAUAGAAGAUGAAGAUAUGGAAGGUUUGUUGUAUGAAGCUAAGAGCAGACUCGAGCUUUACCAAUCCAGAGGUUCCAGAGGCUUUCACAUAUGAUUCUCAUUUCUCAUUAGAAAAAGAAUUAGUAUGAUUUGGUUUCCACAUGUAUUCAAAAGUUGUAUAAAGUUUUAUUGUUUCCAGUGUAGUAGGCUUGGCAAUGAGAUCGAUCACAACGUUUUGUUU